AUGGUUAUAGCAUCCGAAUGUUCAGUGUUCUCCGCUGAAGCUGCUGCCAUCUUCGUUGCUGUAACCACACCGGCCGAUCGUCCUCUGUUGAUCCUCACCGACUCAGCUAGCGUUCUAGAAGCUUUGAAUUCCGAGCACCCUAAACAUCCUUGGGUACAAGGAAUCCUUGCGGCCCUACCAUCCAGCACAUCUCUCGCUUGGGUCCCCGGGCACUGCAACGUCCCCGGUAACGACGCCGCCGACCGAUUGGCAAGCGUUGGCCACCAAGGCCCGCGCUUUACAGAAACAAUACCUCUAGACGACGCAAAACGCUGGAUCAAAAACGUUGUCUGGAACCACUGGGCAUCGGUGUGGGAUGAAAACAGGUCGGCUCAGCUCCGCAAAACAAAGGCCACCGUCUCCAGGUGGGAAGAACUGGAUUCUCUGCAUGACCAGAAGGUUCUGUCUCGUCUUAGGGUUGGACAUACCCGCCUCAGCCACAACUUUGGCCCGGGGCCGUUCCGGAUCAGCUGUGAUUCUUGCGGGAUCUUGAACUCUGUAGAACACGUCAUCUGCGUAUGCCCUCAAUACCGAUACCCGAGAGAGGCCUAUGGGAUCUCCGGAAACAUCAACGAAGCCCUCGGGAAUGAUCCAUCUGCGAUUGGAGCCUUAUUCUGCUUCUUGAAGGAUGCCGGACUAUACAACCUCAUCCAAACUGGGACCAACGGGGGGCAUCCCUGA